AUUUAUAAAUAAAGCCAAGCCAAGCGACAAAGUGCAGCAGCGGCAACUUUGUUAAAAACAAAGUUUUCCAAAUCGAUGCGAGCGCGUCGCGCCAUGUGCGAGUGCGUGUAAUAGCUCUAGACACUCGCGAGCAAUCAAUAAAAAGACCACCUGCCGCCUUCGCUACCGGCGGCCAAACACUGCGAGCAUAUCAUACAGGGACGCGAAAAUGGCGACGUUCUCGUUGAACCUGCAGCGUCGUGUCGAGGCCGGGUUGACGGGCUGCGGGAAAUUCGACGGGUCUCACGCCUGUCUGGCUGCGGCGACGUCUGCAGGGAACGUCCUGGUGCACAGCCCCCAUCGAGAUGCCGUUGCUUCGAAGAACUUUGAGCUCAAUUCCGAGGCGAGACUCUCGUGGAGCGGUGAACUCGCCGAGCUGCAGAUCGGUAGACAGGUAACGGCGCUGCACACCGGCCGUUUGGGCGAGGACGAGAGGGACAUACUUCUCGUCGGCACUUCCACCCACAUACUCGCCUACCAGGUCGAGGACAACGCCGAUUUGUUCUACAAGGAGCUACCGGACGGCGCCUACUGCAUCACGGUGGGCAAACUCGGCUGGCUGCAGCAGCAGGUGGCGAUCGUCGGGGGCAACUGCUCCAUCACGGUCCUCGACUUUCAGGGCGAGGAGAUCUUCUGGACAGUCGCGAGGGAGAAGGUCACUGCGCUCGCUGUUUUCGACUUUAACGGCGACGGCGAUAACGAGCUGCUGUCGGGAACCGCGGAUUUCGGGAUCAAGGUGCAGAAGGAAGACGCGGUGCUGUGGGAAACGGCGGAGAACGCGCCGAUCGUCGUUCUGCACGCGCUUCCGGAACGACGAUUCGCCUACGCGACUCGCCUCGACGGAAAUGGAACAGUUGGUGUUUACGACUCCGGACACAUACUCUGGCGCAUCAAGUCCAAGCACAAAGUGGUAUCGCUGCGAGCUUUCGAUCUGAACGGCGACGGAGCGAUGGAGCUGGUGACCGGCUGGAGCAGCGGUAAAGUCGACGCGAGGCUUUGCUCGAACGGCCAGGUCAUCUUCAAGGUGCUCAUGAGUGCACCGAUCGCCGGCCUCGUCGAGGCGGAUUACCGAAGGACCGGCAGAUCCGACCUCGUUAUCGUUACCGUCACCGGCGAAGUCAGGGGAUACGCCGCUGGAUCGGUAAUAGAAUCUCCGGAGCCGGGUGACGUCUAUCGCGAGUUGAUGGCCAAGAAACAAGCUCUGCAGAUGGAACUCCGUCAGCGCAGCGUCUCCGAGUCGAACUACUACGUCGGAUCGAAGCUGGCCAUCAGCAUAGCCUCGGCUAGAGGCGCGGUGAGACUGGGCUUGGCGUCGGGGCCGGGAUUGCUCAUAUAUUACGCGAUGGUGUUCGCCGAGGGAAUAUUCGAGGGCGAAAGUUUGGUAGUGCACCCGGCCAAGCCCCAAGGCGAGCUCGAGAUCGCGCUGCGCUUUCCGAAGAACGGGCCGAUCGAUGUCCACGUUAAGACCUGCGUCGGUGCUCCUGCCUCGGAUCUGCUCAUGGUGCUCGAGCUGACGCAUCAGCUGGCUCAGUUUUGCAUGUACGAGGCGAUACCCCGACCCCGGGAGCCGCCCGAGAGCCUCAAGGAUUGCGGGGUCGUUAUGGAGAUAGCAGAACGAGCCCAGCGAGUAGCCCUCUGGCUGAAUCAGAGCCUGAUCCUCUCGGUGGAGAUCCAAGUGGUGGAGAUCGGCCCGGAAGCCGGUAGUCUGGAAAUCUGGCUUCGCUGUUUGCGUGACCAGAAGGUCCACUGUCUCGAGGUCGACGCCUCCGGCAAGCUGACUCUGCGCACCGAGGACCCGAGCUUCGCCGGCGACGUCGUCCAGUCUCUCACUGCCUAUCUGGGCCUCCGGGAACUCAGUUCCGAGGCCAAGUUUCCCGUGGAGGAACAGCGGAUGCUCGACGCUCUCGAGAGGUUCAAAGGUUACAAGGAGGUGGAGGCGCGACUCCAGGCGGAAACAGCGGGCAGCUCGAGCUUGGUGAAGAAUCUGGUGAUAAGGCUGGAGGACGCUCGGAUUCUCGAGAACGUCGAGGGCAUGAGGAAGCGACUCGGCCAGCUGAAGGCCGUCAACGGCGAUCUCAUCAGGGACCACGAGAUCAGGUCCAAGAGUUUCAACGAACUCGUCGCCGCGCUCAAGGAGCUCAACGUCGGCGUUCAGAACGUCUCCCGUCUGAGAGUCGGCAAAGCGGCGAGCAAUGCCAUCCAGCGCUGCAGAGAGGCCAUCAAGGAGGAGAACGGAAAAGCACUCGUUGCGGCAAUGCGACACGGCUGAAGAUAAUACGAGCGGCAGAGCUGUGCGCGCUCGUAAUUUAAUUGUAAAUAAUUAUACAAAACACGCUGUUUUUAACCAA